AUGACAGCUCUCCCACCUCCUAGCUCCACUUUGAGCCCGGAGGCACCCAUGGUGGAAGGGCUCUCUGCCCCUUACUAAUUGUGGUCAACGGUCAACAUCGAACCAAGAACAGGGUGAAGGCUCAUCCCCUGGCCAGGAUCGUGGGCUUCUGUGACCACAGAGCGAGACAGGAGCCCAGGGAGCCUCCAACCCAAGAGCCCAAGAACCGGGAAGCUGACAGCUGGACCACUGGCCUGGAAAUAGUCCAGCAUGAAGCUGUGACCAGAGCUAGGCUAGAGCUCCAGGGUUCGGAUCCCAGGAUGCUGAUCACCAGGGCCGAAGCGUGGAGGUGACGCGUGGACGCGCCCAGAUCAGCGGCACCCAGUCCCCGCCCCAAGCCGGGGCUCCCUCUCCAGCUCAUCGCGUCAUCUGGAGGGUGUGCCACGGAUCACAACGUGGACAACACCACAGAGAUGCUGCAAGAAUGGCUGGCCGCUGUGGGCCGAGACUAUGCGACCGUGGUGUGGAAGCCUGAGGAGGAGGCCAGGUCCUAUCCAGAUGAACAGGGUCCCAAGCACUGGACCAAAGAAAGGCAUCAGUUUUUGAUGGAGCUGAAGCAGGAAGCACUGACCUUUGCCAGGGGUUGGGGAGCGGACUACAUCUUGUUUGCAGACACAGACAACAUUCUUACCAACAACCAGACGCUUCGGCUUCUCAUAGAGCAGCGACUGCCAGUGGUGGCCCCGAUGCUGGAUUCUCAGACCUAUUAUUCCAACUUUUGGUGUGGGAUCACUCCACAGGGCUACUACCGCCGCACAGCUGAAUACUUCCCUACAAAGAACCGCCAGCGCCAGGGCUGCUUCCGGGUCCCGAUGGUCCACUCUACCUUCCUGGUGUCCUUGCAGACUGACAAAACAGCCCAGCUUGCCUUCUACCCACCUCAUCCCAACUACACUUGGCCUUUUGAUGACAUCAUUGUCUUCGCCUAUGCCUGCCAGGCUGCGGGGGUCUCAGUACAUGUGUGCAAUGACCAUCGCUACGGGUACAUGAAUGUGGCAGUGCAGUCCCACCAGGGGCUGGAGGAGGAGAAGGACAACUUCAUCCACCUGAUUUUGGAAGCACUAGUGGAUGGGCCCCCAAUGAUGGCCUCAGCUCAUGUGUCUCAGCACCCAAAGAAGCCCAACAAAAUGGGGUUUGAUGAAGUCUUCGUCAUCAGCCUGGCCCGUAGACCCCAGCGCCGGGCUCGAAUGCUGAGCUCUCUCUGGGAGAUGGAGAUCUCUGCUCAGGUGGUAGACGCUGUGGAUGGCAGGACACUCAACAGCAGUAUCCUUAAGCGCCUCGGUGUGGACCUGCUCCCUGGCUACCAGGACCCCUACUCAGGCCGCACACUGACCAAGGGUGAGGUGGGCUGUUUCCUCAGCCACUACUCCAUCUGGGAAGAGGUGGUUGCCAGGGGCCUGGCCCGGGUUGUGGUGUUUGAGGAUGACGUGCGCUUUGAGAACAACUUCCGGAAGCGACUGGAACGGCUGAUGGAGGAUGUGGUGGCUCAGAAGCUUUCGUGGGACUUGAUCUACCUUGGCCGGAAGCAGGUGAACCCGGAGGAGGAGGUGGCUGUGGAGGGUCUGCCUGGUCUGAUGGUGGCUGGCUACUCCUACUGGACGCUAGCAUACACCCUGAGUCUGGCAGGUGCUCGAAAACUGUUAGCCUCCCAGCCUCUGCACCGCAUGAUACCUGUGGAUGAGUUCCUGCCUAUCAUGUUUGAUCAGCACCCAAAUGACCAGUACAAAGCAUACUUCUGGCCUCGAGACCUCCAAGCCUUCUCUGCCAGGCCUCUGCUUGCCUCCCCCACCCACUAUGCGGGAGACGCUGAGUGGCUCAGUGACACGGAGACAUCGUCCCCCUGGGACGAUGACAGUGGCCGCCUUAUUAGCUGGACUGGCUCUCAAAAGACCCUUCGUGGCCCCCACCUGCAGCUGACUGGCAGCAGUGGGCAUAGUCUCCACCCUCACCCUAGGGAUGAGCUCUAGCCCACAAGGUCAAAGUAGGAACUCCAAAGGAGCAACAAGCAUUGACAGGAGCUACAGAGACAGCAGAAACCUGUCAUCUUGGGCUCAGCCAUUCUUUUACCCUCUGGACCCACUCCAGGUUGGGAGAACCACUCAGAGACAGAGUCCAUUCCCUGAAGGUCACAAAGUGAAAGGACCCAGAGACUCCACUCUGCAGAUUGAGAGCCCAGUAGGCUCAGGGACAGGGAGGCCUCGGCUUUUGGAUUUCAAGCUGGCCAGAUCUCAGAAUCCUGUCCUCUCUGAGGCCUCAGCUGCUGGGACUACUUUGCCUCCAUCUACCUCCACCUCAGCUCCCUCCCUGGCUCCACAUGGGGGCUCAUUAGCACCCUCUUCCUUUGCUGGUGGGAAGCGCAGGAAGGUGCUUGGCACACAGUAGACCUUCAAUAAAAGCCCUCUGCAUUAGCACUUUA